UGAAAAGCAUAAAAUUUGCUGCCUCACAAGAAUUUCGUCCGAUAGAUUUUCGUUGAAGUGCAUUUUGACUUUUGUUCCAACAUCCAGUUUCCAACUGCCAUCAAAAUGAGAAUUUUUCUGGUUGUGACCUUUAUCGCUUCAGCAUUAGUACCCUUUACUGCGAGCCAGGCGUAUGGCAACAGCAACAACAAUGGCGACAAUACCGGCACAACAACAACGCCAGCCUCUGGGGCGUGUCUGCCGGUGCCCAAUGUGAUUUCUCCACAACCUGCAUUUAACAUCAACGUUAGCCAGCUGAUGACCGGCAAGCCGUGGUAUUCUUAUAUUUUAUACGGUAACCCCGAUAAAGCACCCAUUACCAUGACGAACGUGAUCAAUUAUUACGACUCACUGGGUCGCAGCAGUGAACCAACACGGAACGUGGCCGCGGAAGUGGUCAUCCAGGAGAAGGUGUGGUCGGAGGGUGGAGCGUGUCAUGAUGCGUUGGAGAUAUCCUGGUUCACCGUGGACGGACGCCAGACGGGACCUUAUUUUGUCGUCGCGCCCAACAACACGCUAAUCGCUAACAGCUUCGAUGAUUCCAUUCUGUGGGCUACGGAUGGGAGUACGUACGCACUGUUCCACAACUGCGACCAGCGCAAUCCGGAUACCGGCAACUGCAAGAGCACCUACAUUUUCGUGCACUCCACCAUCAAGCCGAACACGAUGACCGACAGUCAGAAGCAGACCAUCGCCACCGCGGUCAACAACGCACUGAAGCCCUACUGCAUCACCGUAAACGAUUUCCAGACGUACACAUGGAACGAUGCGCUGGGGGUGUGUCCACAAGCGGUCCGCGAAAACCAUCCGGACUGCUUUAAAACAAUUGUCAACGCGUACCGGCUCCUUCUCGAGUGAAGCUUUUAAUUUAUAACUGUUAUGAUGUCAUUUGUAUGAUGUCAUCGGGAAUGCCUUCACGCCCAUAGGCGUGUUCUUCCCAUGCUUUUUUGAUUGCAUAAGCAGGUUGUUUAUGUUUGCUAUCUUUUUUAAAGCCUUUGAUUUUGGCAUUUGCCGCCAAUGUAAGCGCGAUGUCAUCGCGAGUUUUAAGAGCUGCUUUUUAAUUGAGAGUUUUGAGUCGAGAGAGUCACCAAUAAAUUAAAGUCCAUCGCAGUA